AUGACCUCGAACGCCAACACGUCGCCUCAGCGCAUCUUCAUCUUCGACAAUCCUAGGUGCCGGUCUCACCUGUUCUUCCGCCUGCUGUCAACCCAUCCUCAACUGAAGAGUCACUACCAUCCAUACGUCCUCCCUGGUUGUCUGGGCCCGGAGAAAAUUCACUAUGACAUUUACAAAAGCAACCCUGCCCGUGCGGAGCUGGUCAAGGAACUGUGGGAGCCAAUGUGCUCAGAAGACUACACUUUCGCAAGCGCAGAACGCCAUCUCCUCGACGCUGUCGCGGCCAUUGAGAAGGAGGGCAAGACCCCCCUGAGCAGUGAGCACUGCUGCUACAUCUUGAAAUCGCAGAUUCUCGUCAACCACACCAACUCUCGCGAGCUAGAAGAGUCUUGGGCCACGGACCCUAACCCCACUCACCUCCCCGACGAGCUGUGGAAAAGCGUCAUCCCCAUCAUUGUGAUCCGGCAUCCAGCUCUCUCUGUCCCUUCGCUGUGGCGCUCCACGUCUGGUGUUCCUGCUCUCGCCAACAUGGAUCCCAUGGAGAACCACAAUUACUGGUUUGCCACACUGACAUGGUCACGGGUGCUUUUCGAGGCUUUGAGAAACCAAGGGCGCAUGCCCAUUGUUGUCGACGGCGAGGACGUUUGUACCCGCACUAAUGAGGUGAUCCGGGGAGUAUGCAGCGGACUGGGUAUCGAUCCUGCCGGUGUCACGGACACUUGGGGUCCUUGGGGCCAGUCGCCGCUGGACCACCCUCUCUUUGUCGAGAUGACAAGGACGAUCUGGGAGAGUGAUGGGGUGAAGAAGCACGAGGCCAAGGGACCUGUCGACAUGGACGAGGCUGUUCGAAGCAUUGAGAAGGAAUUUGGCGCCGAGGUAGCGGCGCGGAUGAGAAUGCUCAUUGACGGAGAGAUGGACAAUUAUCGAUUCUUGGAGCAGUUUAAGGUGUAG